AUGCUCGUCUCAUCGACAUCAGCAUCAAUUGCCGUCGUGCUGCUGUUAACACAAUGGACGGGUUCCACGAUCGCCGCACAGUGCUACUUCUCCGACGGCAGUAAAGCAGACAGCAGUUUCCAGCCCUGUUUCCCAGACCAAUAUAAUAGCCCCUGCUGCGCGAAUAACAAGCCCAAGGGCAUGGCCAACGACCUCUGCUUAACGAGUGGACUGUGUCUGGCACAGAUGCAGGGCUUCGCAGGGAUGAUAUAUCAGAAUGGGUGUACCGAUCAGACCGGGAAGAGCAGCCAGUGUCAGGCGAUUUGUUCUGGCUCUACGUCGGGCGGAAUCCACCUUCUCCCUUGCCCAGCCAAGGGUACUAACAAGUGGUGCUGUAGCAUCAACGGGACAGACUGCUGCGAUAACGCGGCGACGGUCUCCAUCGGCACAAUCUACGGAUACACGAGCAUAUCGGCAUCGUCGGCAUCGUCGUCAACCUCAACAGCCACGGGGACCGGGACGAUAGCUACAACGACGGUCACCACAACAGCUGCAGCCGGUAACGGUACGGAAGUCUGCUCGGAUUCGAGCUCGAAGGCGACCGCGGUCGGGGCGGGGAUUGGAGCAGGUCUGGGUACCUGCUUAGUUGCGACACUAUUUGCGCUCUGGUUCCAGCGACGGAUGUAUCAGAAGAAGCUGCAGCAGACUAGCGGAUACGCUGGAUACAGUCCUGCCAGCAUGGCAUAUGCCCAAUCUGGGUAUUCGAACCCGUCGAGUGGUGUUCGGCGGAAUGUCUCCGAGCUGCAGUCGAAUCAAGAAGUCAUCCAUGAGGCAGAUGGACAAGAGACACGAAAAUGA